CCCGAGCAAUAAUUUUUAAUUUCUUCACAGCCAGGCAGCUGACUUACACCCAAAUCACUGAAAGUACGAGACUUAAGUAUUUUUUAGGUUCACGGUGUAAAGAUCGUUGAUUUUCGAACACUAAUCUCGUUCCAAGAAUUACCAAAAUGCCGAGAGACUUCAAAGCACCCGUCAAUGUGUCGCCACUCAUCAGGUUUGGCAGAUGGAGCUUCUUACUGUUAGGUGUAACCUAUGGAGCUACUAGACACAGUUAUCUCCAAAAGAAAGAAGAUAAAACACGGGAUGUUCGUCAUCAAAAGAUUGCCGAUAGAGAAGCCAAGAUUGCUGCAGAGAAGAAGAAAUUUGCUGAAGAGGAAAUCAAAAAUUUGGAUGUUAUGUUCAAUCCACCGAAGACUGUUGCAUAAAGAACUAGUGGCAGAUAUUUAGAUUAAAAAUAAUAAAACAAUUCUUGUCUUAUUAAAAUGUUCUUUAUAUCCUAUAGUAUACAUUUUUAAGUUUCCAUUUGUAGUUACUACACCAAAUUAUUUUAAAGUGCAGAUAAAAUGUAUCCAUAUGAGAAAUGUGUACCGUAAAAUAUAUGUUUUCUUAGAACUUAGUGAGAUUCAUUUCAUUAAACACUUUUAUACCGCUUAUGUAAUAAUCGGAUUCAAAUAUAUAUAAAAUAUACUUCAACCCAA